AUGGCUAGCUUUCUCGACGCCCUCUUCUCUUUGAAAGGCCGUAAGGCUCUAGUUACCGGUGGAACUAGGGGAAUUGGCCAAGCUAUGGCAUUAUCCCUUGCUGAAGCUGGCGCUGACAUCAUCCUCAUUCAAAGGGACGAAGGGAAUCUCGAGACUAAAUCAUUAAUCGAAAAACUCGGUCGACAAGCGAUCGUGUAUACAGCAGAUCUGAGCAACCAGGAGCAAGUCGAAAGCUUAAGCAAGCGCAUCUUGGGGGAUGGUCACGAUAUCAGUAUCUUGAUUACCUGCGCUGGGAUCCAACGACGACACCCGGCACAUAAAUUUCCCAUGAGUGAUUGGGACGAAGUUCUCCAGGUUAAUCUCAAAACUGUUUGGACGUUAUGUCGGGACUUUGGCGCAUACAUGCUAUCCCGAACACCAGAUCCACAGAAUGGUCACCGCGGAAGUAUCAUCAACGUGGCUUCACUCGUCAGCUUCCAGGGAGGUCUCACCGUCCCCGCAUAUGCAGCGGCCAAAGGCGGAAUUGCGCAGCUAACGAAAGCGCUGAGUAACGAGUGGUCCAGCCAGGGUGUCAACGUGAACGCUGUGGCGCCAGGGUAUGUGGCUACGGAUAUGAAUGAGGCACUGAUCAACGACCCGAAAAGAGCAGAGAGUAUCUUGUCGAGAAUUCCGGCAGGGAGGUGGGGAGCUCCAGAUGAUUUCAAGGGUGUUACUAUCUUUCUGGCGGGACGGGGCAGUUUGUAUGUUUCUGGAGAGCUCGUUACGGUUGAUGGUGGGUGGAUGGGCCGAUAG